ACCUGGUCUGUGCCUAGUACCUCUUUUGUCAUGUAGUUACCUGCCCUUUCCCCAACCAACCAACUUUUUCCACCACCACACACCGACGACCGAUUUGUAUUCACCAUUAUUUGUAUAACAUCCUACCACAGCAUAUCCCAAAGCCAACUUCUUCCCAUUCGAGGAUGACUUAUAAGUAUUACGAGACAAAUCAGAUGCAACCAUAUUAUUCCAACCUGAACUAAACUUUACUGAACUCUUCAGCAGCAGUUACCUUCUUCUGCCUCGGGUGUUUAGUUUAUUGUAACUAAAACUCGGCAAGUUUGUAUUAAUUUUAACAACCUGGCAGUCACUAACGGACUUGCAUGAUCUACUUAUUCUGGUGGUUUACACAUUUUAACAUUCCGAGUGCCAGUGUUAUGCAAGUCUCAAGUGAAGCAGGUGAAUUCUUCAACAAAGUGUCUCCACACAUCGUAUUCUUAUAUUUGGAACUGUAUUGCUUUCCUAAAUGUAAGUACACCAACGUUGUUGCGAAGCUAUGGACAAAGUGAAAGUAUUCUAAGAUUUCUACAUAUAAAGAGAAAAAAUAGCACUGCCACUGCUGUGACACUCAUCGCAUUGUCAAUCUCAAAAUUGGAACGAUUUCUGAUUAUUUGAAUCAUAUACAUAUUAUGCAUAUCGUCAUCACCACAUGCCGAAUAAAGUGAGACAGCCCGUUGUUAUCAAGUAACUUCAUGUGCAACCUACACAGUUGGAAUGAGUUGGAAUGCAAAAAUGCAUUUUUUGAAUGCCAAAACAUUUAUUAUUCGCCUUGUUUAAGUCGUUUUAUUUCUGAUUGCUUCAAAACAAUACCCAUUUAAAAAAAAUAUGUUUUGACUCUGCCAUAAAGUUAUAAUCGUGCAGUGCAUUUCAUUAUUCACGAUGUGAUAUAAAAUCAUGGGCAUGUGUCAAUGAGCAGACUUACAUAUUCAAUUAUUGUCAAUGCUUUGACUGAACGGAAACACAUUUUUAUUCGUCAUAUCCAGAGAUUCAUCAUAGUGAUUAGUGCUGAUAAAAUAAAUCCUUGAACUGAACACCUCAUUCCAUUUUAUUGCAGGUGCAACGAAGCAAUAUUGUUAUUAUGACAGCAACCACCUCUCAACCGACAAGCUCUCCCAUUAUUCUUGUGAAUAUAUGAAGGCAAAGUAAAAACUUGGAUUUUGGCAACAAUCAGCGUUACAAAACACAACACCACUUCUUGUGCGAGAAAAGAACAACAAGUGAGAAGAAGACUGCACAGAAAAUUAGCCAUCUUACUUGGCUCUCUGGCCAUAUUACACACUACUCAUCAAAAAACGAGAUUGAUCAUCAAAAUAUAAAAAAACCGUAGUAAUAAGAAGGACUGGUUCCUGCCUUUAUGGUCUCGUCCUCCAUCCGCACUACUGCAAAUUCUCCGUCCGUCACUUGUUGCAUUGCGGUUCAGACACUUUGGGUUUUGUAAUGGUCAUUAUUUGUGGAUAUUACUAAAAUUAUGAAGAGAAAUAAUAAAUGACAAAGUGUGGACACAACUGAGGACUGCAACAGAGAAGAAAAAAAUGUUGAGAUUCCUGAGUGGUCGUCGAGGGAAAGGGAAUAAGAAUGAGGUCGGCGGACAGAAGCAGGGUGCUCAGGGGGGAGGCUCGCAAUUCCACCCACAGAAAAGCGUGAAACCCUACAAAAAUUGCAUCUUGUGUAAAGUAAUUGUCUUGGAUGGAACGGAUUUGUCGAUCGAAUUGCCUAAAAAAGCCCUUGGCAGUGAGCUGUACGAGCAAGUUUUCUACAAUCUAGAUCUGAUCGAAAAGGACUAUUUCGGAUUAAAUUUUACGGAUUCGAAUCAUGUUCAACAUUGGUUGGAUGCUACCAAGCCUUUGAAAAAACAAAUUAAAAUUGGACCCCCUUACACAUUUCGACUCAAAGUUAAAUUCUAUUCGUCCGAACCCCACAAUCUCCGGGAAGAACUGACACGCUAUCAGUUUUUCCUGCAGCUUAAACAGGACAUUUUGACUGAAAAGUUAAAACCCCCACCAGAAACUCUGAUUGAAUUGUCAGCUUUAGUUUUACAGUCUGAGGUUGGUGAUUACGAUGAAGAAAUUCAUACCCCAGCUUUUGUAUCCGAAUUCCGGUUUACCUCUGCUCAUCAACAGACGGAAGAUAUGGAAAUUACCAUUUUGGAAGAGUUUAAAAAACUCAAGGGACUAACACCUGCACAAGCAGAAAUGAAUUACCUCAACAAGGCCAAGUGGUUGGAAAUGUAUGGCGUAGAUUCACACAUCGUCAUGGGCAAAGAUACUUGUGAAUACAAAUUGGGAUUAACGCCCACUGGAAUCCUAGUAUUUGAAGGGGCACAAAAAAUUGGUCUUUUCUUCUGGCCAAAGAUAAGCCGUUUGGACUUUAAGAAGAAAAAGUUAUGUCUGAUUGUUGUCGAAGAUGACGACGAGGGGCGAGAACGGGAACACACAUUUGUAUUCAGGCUCCAUAAUGAGAAAGCUGCAAAACACCUCUGGAAGUGUGCAGUUGAGCAUCAUUCAUUUUUCCGGCUAAAAGCGGCUUCUAAGGCACCAAAUGCUCGACAGAACUUUUUCCGAAUGGGGUCACGUUUCAGAUACAGUGGUCGAACUGAAGUCCAAACAAUUGUCCAAAACAAAUCUAGACGAACGGUGCAGUUUGAAAGGAGACCAAGUCAACGUUAUGCAAGGCGUCAAUCUCACAUCUUGAGAGAAAGGCAGAGAGGAGGAAGAGGGGACCUUGAAACUUCAGAGCCUUCGAAAGCGGUGGAAAGCGGAGUGAAAGUUGACGCCACAAGAACUGCAGAAUUAAAAGAAUCGUCAACGUUCAAUAGGCCUACCAGAAUCCAACAAGCAUCGUCCUCGUCAGAAACGCGAACCUCAUUAUCACCUCCCAUUACCCCCACAUCGAGAUCCACACCUAGUCCUACGUCCAACGCAGAAUCCACCACUUCCUCUCCGGCAGAGGACCCCUUAGACAAUUUAAUUAAAAGUAUUGCAAAAGAAAAUGGUGCAUGUCACACCGUUGACAUACACUCUCAACCGUCUUCAUUAGAAUUGGAUAUCAAUGUAGUUCCAAAUAAUCACUCCAAGUAUGUCUCAUUACCGCGACCAAUUCCGCCAGACAAACUAAAGUGCAACAUACUAAAGGCCAAGGUGGAAGAAGAUUUGAAAAAGUCUUCCCUUUCAUCAGAAUCCAAUGGAACUGCUUCUAUUGCCAAUGGAGAAACAUUCUCAACCCUUCCAACUCCUGCAAAGAAAAGAGAAAACACUGUGCAAAAUGCUAAGCAAAAUAAGGAUUCGGCUACAUUCAUAUCUGUGGGUGGUGAUAAGUUGACCCUGUCCCUUUCUACUCAGGAGGUACAUUCCAAUAAUGAUAGGGACACAGGGUUAUUAGAUCACAACACGAGUGGGGGUGGUGGUGAUGACGACUCUACGCCGCUCAUUGCUCCAGAUGACAAUCCUUUGCCCGUCACUGUCACUCAUUUGUCCUCGAAAGGAAAGAUGGAAUUGGUCCAGCUUAGCUCAGAGUCGUCCAGCGUAACGUCAGCCUCGCCUUCAGCAGCAGGAAAGAUUAUUGCGACAGUUAGUAGUAGAGAGAAAGCUGAGAAUAAUUUGCUAAAAAAUCAGAAAGGGCAAACGAACGAGGUUGACAAAGAGAUCAUGAUUGUUCAUGCUCCAUUAAUGGGAUCAACUCUAAACACGAGCACAAAUCCCUUCACCAACAUAUUAGAAUCAAAAGGAGAAACAAGAGCAGAUAGGAAUGAUAGAAAUCCCUUUGACGAUUAUGAUCAAAUUACGAGUAUUUUGAUCACCUCCACCAAUCCUUUCCACAAUCCAUUUUUGAUGCCUACUGAAGUAGAGGUACAGGGAGGGCCAGAGGCUACAAGAACUGAUGAGUCCGAGUUGAAAUCUCAUGGUGAAAGUGAGGGUAACGGUGUCCCAAAAAAGCCUACAACACCCACGCCAAUUCCUAAGCCCAAGCCUAGAACUUUAGUGCAGCAAAACAAUGUGGCCAACACCCAAAACGACGAUAUGUGGACAAAUGGAGGAACUAAAACCAAAGAAAAGCCCACAAUACAAAGACGUACUGUUAUCACAACGGAAAUAUAAAAAAUAGAACUAUUUACGGUCAAGGAGAAGGAGGAUUAUUUGUUUAUUUCUUAUUUACAUUCUUUGUUGGACAGGAAAAAGACUUAUGCAAUGAAAUUGUUCAUAUUUAGUCUAUUUAGCUUAUUACUGCGGCAGGGGCUUUUAAUGUUGUUACACAUUCGCCAGAAAUUUGUGGAUAACAAUAGAAAUCGAAUAGUGCCAUUCCCAUCUGAAAUGACCCAGCAGAAACACGAGUCUAGGCAGAAAUUUAUGCUGAAUGAGAGAGGGAAUAUGUGUACACAUAAUUGUAUAAAAAUCUAGUAGGAUGGCGCAUACUCAAGUGCCAUUAUAUAUCAAAACAUUAACAAGAUAAGUUAUUUAAGAAAUACCUCAGAAAUUUUUUACUACCGUAUUGCAACGAAACUCGAAUAACAAUAUAAUUUUAUCAUUGCUACCAAACCCUGUCAUAAUUGAUAUCUACGCACUGACCGUGUGCGAAGUCAAAAUGAAACAACUAUUUUAGAAAUGUAGGAAAAGUAAUGUACUGUUUAAAUACUGCGUCGUCAAAUAAGUGCUUUCACCAACCAUGCCUUUCUCUCAACGUGCUAUGAUGUAUAUAAUUCUAAUAUACACAAAUGUUGGAUUGAUUGUUGCAAAACAAAGUAUAGUUGGCCUUCUAUUUAAAAUCAUGCGGCCUUAUUCUGAGUAGGACCAUUACUUGUAAAUGCGUGUUAGUUGUUAAUUCUACAUUGGAGAAUAAACGAGUUUUAUGUGAUACGUGUUUUACACUAAUAAUACAUCACUAAAAACCACAUUUCGCGUGUCCACACCUCUAUCCAUUCAAAUUGUUUUUAAUUUUUGUUGUAAAAAUAAAAUUGUUGUAACCAAA